AUGGCACCUUAUAAAGCACUGUACGGAAGGAAAUGCCACACUCCUCUCUACUAUGAUGAAAUUGGAGAGUGGCGCAUGAUAGGCCCGGAGAUAGUUCAGAUCACCUAUGAGAAAGUGGAUACGAUUAGGGAAAAGAUCAGGGCAGCUCAAUCAAGGCAGAAGAGCUAUGCAGACAAUAGAAGGAAAGAUAUUGAGUUUGCAGUUGGUGUAAAGGUGUUCGUUCAGAUCUCAACAACCAAGGGCAUCACACGUUUCAGCAAGAAAGGGAAGUUGAGCCCAAGGUAUAUUGGUCCAUACGAGAUCCUAACGAGAGUUGGACCAGUAGCAUACCAGUUAGCUCUACUCCCGUCAUUGGAAGGUGUCCAUAAUGUGUUUCAUGUGUCAAUGCUAAAGAAAUACAUAACCAAUCCGACGCAUGUACUCUCGGCGGAGCCGGAACACCUUAACCUUAGCAUGACUUAUGUGGAACAACCUGAAGAGAUUCUUGAUCGGAAAGAACAUAAGCUCUGCAAUCAUAUUGUUACUUACGUCAAGGGCUAUGAAAAGGCCAUGUAUGUAUGUAGAGAAAUACUGUGGGUUGUGGGCUACGACUGA